AUGUGCUUCCAGGACCUCACGGCCAGCCACCAGCCCGACAUGCUGGGCACCGUCACCGGUGCCGGCCUCAUCGGCCAGCAGCUCACGGUCCCGCUCACCCUGUCCCCCCACCCGGUGUACACGCUGCCGAUGCUGAGCGUUUCGGCCACCAAGGGCACCGGCAUCGUGGUGUCGGUCCCGUCCGACUCGCCGGACGACUUCGCCGCCUUCCGCGACCUGAAGUCCAAGCCGGCCUUCUGCGAGAAGUACGAUGUCGACCAUGCCUGGGUGCGCGACGUGUCGCCGGUGCACAUCAUCGAUGUGCCUGGCUACUCCGGGCCCUGCGCCGAGAUCGCCUGCGACGAGUUCAAGGUCCAGUCCCAGAACGAUGCCGUCGCCCUGGCCAAGGCCAAGGACGAGGCCUACAAGCGCGGCUUCUAUGAGGGUGUCAUGCGGGUGGGCGCCCAUGCCGGGGCCAAGGUCGAGGAGGCCAAGCCCCUCAUUCGCCAGGAGCUCCUGGCCGCCGGGCAGGCCGUGGUCUACUACGAGCCGGAGGGUCCGGUCAUGUCGCGCUCGCUCGACGAGUGUGUCGUGGCCCUGGUGGACCAGUGGUUCAUCGACUACGGCGAUGACGAGUGGCGCCAGACGGCCCUGCGCUGCCUGGCCCGCAUGAACAUCCCGGCGCGCGAGACCCAGAACCAGUUCGAGGCGGUCUUCAACUGGCUCGGCCAGUGGGCCUGCUCCCGGAGCUUCGGCCUGGGCAGCCGCGUCCCCUGGGACGAGCAGUACCUGAUCGACUCGCUGUCCGACUCGACCCUCUACCCGGCCUACUACACGGUGGCGCAUCUCCUGCAGCAGGGCGCCCUGGACGGAUCGGUCGUUGGCCCGGCCGGCCUGGCCGCCGAUGCCAUGACCCCCGAUGCCUGGGACUUUGUCUUCCUCGGGACCGAGCCGGCGGCCGAUGCCCCGGCCGCCGCGCAUCUGGACCAGCUGCGCGCCCUGCGCCGGGAGUUCCUCUUCUGGUACCCGUGCGACAUGCGCGUGUCCGGCAAGGACCUGGUGCCCAACCAUCUGACCAUGUACAUUUACAACCAUGUGGCCCUGCUGGAGGAGCGCCACUGGCCCGGCGGUGUGCGCACCAAUGGCCACCUCCUGCUGAACAUGGAGAAGAUGUCCAAGUCCACCGGCAAUUUCAUGACCCUGGAGCAGGCCGUGUCGGCCUUCGGGGCCGAUGCCGUGCGCAUUGGUCUGGCCGAUUCCGGCGACACAGUGGAGGAUGCCAACUUCCAGUCGGAGCUGGCCAACAAGGCCAUCCUGCGUCUGCAUGCGCAGCUCGACUGGACCCGGACCUUCCUCCGGGACCAGGCCAACCCGGCCACCGCCCUGCCGGUCAAGGAGCCCUCCGCCUACACGCACCAUGAUCUGGUGUUCCUGUCGCGCAUGAGCGAGGCCAUGGCCGGGGCGCUGGAUGCCUACGAGCGGACCAUGUACCGUGAGGCUCUCAAGUGCGGCUUCUUCGACAUGCAGGCCGCGCGUGAUCGCUACCGCGAUCUGACCGCCUCGGCGCCCACCCCGGCGGCCGGGCCCUGUGGCGGCCUCCUGCGCCAGUUCAUCGAGUACCAGGCUCUCCUGCUGGCGCCGAUUGCCCCGCACUUCUGCGAGUAUGUGUGGCAGGAUCUCCUCGGCCACGAGGAGUCGGUCACCGCCAGCCGCAUGCCCACCCCGCCGGCCGUCGACCGGAUUUGCCUCAUGGCCGACACCUAUGCCGAGGAGGUCAUCCACCGGAUGCGCCUGGCCCGCGAGGCGGCCAUCAACCCGCCCCGGCCGCGCGUGGCCAAGGGGGUCACCCCGCCGCCGCUGGUGGUGUACGCCUCCCCGGUCCACUGCCGGCUGACCGUCACCCGGGCCUUCACCCCGGUGCAGCUCGCCGUCCUGAGCGCCCUGCGCGAGAACUACUCCUCGGCCACCGGGGAGUUCACCCUCCCGGAGAAGGACAUCCGCGAUCGCGCCCGCAAGAGCCUGCCCGACCCCAAGAAGGACACCAAGGUGGCCAUGAACUUCUUUGCCACGGUGCUCACCCGGUUCGAGCUCCUCGGCGAGUUUGCCUUCAACGACCAGCUGCCCUUCGACGAGGCCCACAUCCUCGGCGAGUACAAGGACUACAUCCUGUCCUCCUUCGGUCUCAAGGAGCUGGACAUUGUGGACAAUGUGGCCGACACCCUGGCCACCCCCUGCGUGCCGGAGAUUGCCUUCACCCUCCGGGUCAAGGAGGACGAGGCCCAGGAGUAG